CGCCGCGGCGAGCGCAGCGUGAAACCGGGCUUCUCCUUGAUGGACUGGAACCGGCGCGCCGGCGCGGCGACGGGCUGGGACGCGCGCGCGGGCGGGCCCGAGAGGCGCGUGGCGCGGUCGGAGCUCGCGGGCCACGCGUCCCCGCGCGACUGCUGGAUCGCGCUCCGCGGACGGGUCUACGACGCGACGCCGUAUCUCCCGUACCACCCCGGCGGCGAGGAGAUCAUCCGCCGCUGCGGCGGCCGCGACGGCACCGCGGCCUUCGACGCGGCGCACCGCUACGUCAACGGCCACGCCAUGCUCGUCGCGUGCUACGUCGGGCCGCUCGUCGAC